CCUUGGUCGGGAUGGGUCAGUAGACGCUUGGCUGUAGAUAGUCAUGCUGUUGAAAAUUCCAUCCAAAAGAUAUCAGCUGAGUCAGACUUUUUUUCUCUCAAAAACCUGUAUUUCGCUGCCUCUGCGCUACAGCUACAGUAUUACUCCAGUCCAGCAGAUGGCAGUAAUACAAUUUAAAUAGUUUUAAAUAUUUUGGAAAUCUUACGUCAUAUCCGGUAUGUCUACAGUAAACAGAUGCUGGAAGAACGGAGGAUGCUUAAAGUCAAAAAGAUUUACAGCAGUUGCAAGGCUCAUGCCGAAGAUUUAUUGAACACCCUGUCCGAAUCGGUGUUUCAAGUAUUAACAGAUUAACAGUGGUUGAUUGUGCCGUUGCCGUAGCAUGCCUCAGUUUAGAAUGACAUGAUUGUCACUUGGAUAGCUAACUAAGUAGCCUAAUUCUGCCCCUAUGUUUUGAGACCACUUUAUCGAGUUGUGUGGGUUGUUGCACAUGUUAUAGAUGCAAAGCAUUUACAUUAGGACCUAUGCACAAAUAUGGACCCCUUGAAUAGUCUGUCAAAUUUUGAAUCAGAGAUGGAGCCCGAUAGUCAGAGCAGUUAUUCAUUGUUCCCUGCCCUAGACAGCAUGACUGGUCUUGUAGGAACUUCGGACACGCUCGAGACGGAACAAAGCAGUGAUGUUGUUGACAAACCCAACCUUACCUGGCUGGAUGCUGCACAGAUAGUACUUGAAGAGGCUGGACGUCCGAUGCACAUAAAGGAAAUAAAGCAGAGAAUCAUCGACCGGGGACUGGUGCAGUCCAAUGCGAAGUCCAGCUUGGAAGCAGUAAUGUAUCGUGAGACUCAGAAGGGCAGCAGACGCUUCAAGAGGAUAGAAAGCAGGAAUGGAGUCUUUGCCUUGUUGACUGAUGAAGAGCGUCAGCAAGCUCUGCAGACAGCCUUCUCGGGCUCUGGCUCCGGGUCUGGGGGAUCUGGGGGGCCCUCGAUGCCCUCCCCGUCCCCCUCCCCCUCUCACUCCACAGGGGCCCCUGAGGUGCGACCCAAAGCCAAGAAAAUUGCCAAGAAGAGCCAGAAUGAGAAGUACCGCCUCAAGUACAUGAGGCUACGCAAGGCUGCACGGGCCAUGAUCUUUGAGAAUGCGGCUCUGUGUGACGAAGUGGCACACCUGGAGGAGAAGUUUGUGCGUGUGAAAGAGGAGCGCAGGUUCUUGCUUAAGACUCUGCUGCAGUAUCAGUCCGUGUCGGAUGUUGAGUUUGGCGGCAUGCCCAGCGGCGGCACUGCCCACCUGUCCGCCGCAUUCAACUCCAACUGCGGAGCCGGCCCGAGUGUCGCCCCGGGGCCCCACCACAGCCAGGGGUCCCAGGGGGGGCCCUGUCCUUCCGAGGACUCGGGAGCCACUCCAAAAAAGCCCAAGAAGGAACGCAAGGAACGUGGCCGGGAGAACGGAAGAGAGGAAGUUCCCAGGAAGAUGUCCAAGAAGCGGAAGGUGGCGGAGGGGGGAGCUCGGCGGUUGGUGCAGCCCAUCGCCCUGGACUCCACUGGGAGGCCCGUCUUCCCCAUUGUGCUGGGUGGCCUGACCGUCUACAGCCUCGGCGAGAUCAUCACGGACCGCUUGCACUUCCAUGACGAGGGUGCCAUCUACCCGGCUGGUUUCUGCAGCACGCGCAUCUUCGCCAGCAUGAAGAGCCCUGAGCAGCAGUGUCUCUACACAUGCCAGAUCAAGGACGGAGGAGCUGGCCCUCAGUUUGAGAUUGUGCCAGAAGAUGACCCUCAGAGUGCCAUAGUAGCCUCAUCUGCCCUCGCAUGUCACACCAACCUGCUGAAGGCCAUCACCACCACACGGGGCAAGUCUCUUGGCUCCAUCGUGCCGUCCGGGGCGGACUUCUUCGGCUACUCCCAUCCCACCAUCCAGAACCUGAUCCAGAGCUGCCCUGGAGCACGCAAGUGCAGCAACUACCGCUGGGUGCGCUUUGAGGUGUGUCGUCCGGGCGACGGGCAGGUGCCCCACACGCUGGCAGAGGACGAUGCAUCGAUCAACUUUGAAGCCUUCCAGCGGCAGCAGCAGCAGCAGGGAUACAAUGGCAACCCCUCACCAGAACGACCGGCCACAACACCCACUGGUCAGCCAUCGACAGUCUCCCAUCACUUGAACACAGCCCCCUUACCAUCAGCGGUCUCCUUAUCACAAUUCAGCACAUGACAUCAAGACAUCACGCUGCAGAGACAGGGAGUGCCUCCUUUAACAUGGAAAUGGCUGUUUAAUUUCAUCUGGAAUGACAACUGCAAAUACAAACACUGUUAUUCAGAGGUGUUUUGUUGACAGAUCUCUUGGAAGUGCCAAUGCAAAUGCCGGUAAAACAUUCCAGGAAAUCUUGGCAUCACAUUCAGGAAUGCUUGGAAUGCUCGCCUGCUGUGUUGGAUGGACAACAAUGAAUUUGCGGUUUUAGAUUUUAUCAGGGAUGAACAAACAAGCAUUUUUCUCGAAUGUCCCGUUGAUCAACAGCUGGUUGGAUAAUAAACUGUGGCAGAUUUUAAACUUUCUGGACCCUAAGGUAAAGUUCAAACCCAAGUUUAAAACUUUAAAUGAUGCGCUUCGCCAGCAGUUCUGAGACCAGCAGCUGAAAAAACUGUAACCAUCUGUCAUCGACAGACGGACACAUGCACGCACACACACACACACACACACACACACACACACACACACACACACACACACACACACACACACACACACACACACACACACACACACACACACACACACACCACCAUCACCACCACCAGGCUGACAAAUCCGGUCCAAACCAGACAAAUUGGAUGGGUCUAAUCAGCACCAGAGACACAGCUUCUUUUCCACCCACACAAACCUGAGGAGACAAGUUUUACCGGAAUAUCAUUGAGCCACCCACACUUAAAAUGCGCAUAUCCUGCUUGUUAAGGUACAUCCUGUUUGCUGUCUGAACAUGCUCUGUGUGGUAAACAUGCACUGUGUCCUAAAAUAAACACGUACUGAGGAA